AUGGCAGACCUGGCGGUAGGGCAGGUCAUCCGCCUCGCCGACGGCCGCAAUGCCAUCUUGCGCUUCGUCGGCGAGACCGAGUUCGCCCCCGGCGUCUGGGUCGGCUGCGAGCUGGACGACGGCUCCGGCAAGAACGAUGGCAGCGUGCAGGGCGAGCGCUACUUUGAAUGCGACAUGGGCCACGGCAUGUUCGUGCGCCCCUCGGCCGUCACCGUCUUGUCUCAGCCGCCGCCGAGACAGAGGGCGGCCCCUACGGCGGCUGCGACCACAGCAGCAGCAACAAGCUCAGCCGCAGCAAAAAAGAGGCCUAGCAGUUUCGCCUCUGGUGGGUUGAGGAGCACAUCCACAUCUCUGGACCCCAAUGCCGGGAGGAGGAAGAGCAUGAACGCCCCGAGCCCUAGUCCGGUCGGGAGGACAUCGCGCCCUACCAGCAUUGCCAGGUCUCCUACGAAAUCCCCCACCAAACAAUUGGGCCUCGGAACGGCAACAUCAAGCGCCUCCACCUCGCGAACAGCUACACCGGCCAACGCACGCGGAGGGGCUGCCGCGACAAGAGCAGCACGGGUCUCCUCCACAAGCACCACCACGAGAAACUCGAUGGGGCCGCCCGCGAGACCAGGUCGUCAGGCAUCUGUGUCUUCAACGGCGGGCGGGCGGGCAGCGGCAAGAACAUCAGCCAACCGUCUGUCUCUGUCGACGACGGCGACGGGCAAGGCUCGGGCUGCCGAGGCCUCCAAGCGCGGCUCGCCUGGAUCACAGUCUGGCACGGAGAAGAGGGCAUCGGUCGACAGGGGGGCCUCCAACCGCAAGAUCGAGGACCUCGAGGCCAAGCUGCGCGUCAUGGAGAGGAAGCGUAUGGAGGACCGGGACAAGAUCAAGCUCCUAGACAAGGUCCAGGCCGACCGCGACAAGUUCGAGGGCAUCAUCCAGAAGCUGCAGCAAAAGUAUGGCCCCAUGCAGCAGGAGCUCGCCGACUCGCGAAGGCAGCUGGCCGACCUGAAGAAGAGCUUCGAGUCCGUCGAGCGCAUGCAGGCCGAGCACGACUCCGAGCUGGAGCUGGCGACCCUCGACCGCGAGAUGGCCGAGGAGACUGCCGAGGUCCUCAAGUCGGAGGUCGAGGCCCUCAAGGAGAAGGCUGAGGAGCUGGAGCUGGAGCUGGAGAUCCUCCGCGAGGAGAACUCCGAGUACACCAAGGGUAUGUCGCCCGAGGAGAAGGCAAGCACGAACUGGAUCCAGCUGGAGAGGAACAACGAGCGCCUGCGCGAGGCCCUGAUCCGCCUGCGUGACCUCACGCAGCAGCAGGAGGAAGAGCUCCGGGGCCAGAUCAAGAGCCUCGAGGAGGACGUCCAGGAGCUGUCCCUGCUCAAGGAGCAGAACGAGACGAGCCAGGACAAGCUCACACACACCGAGGCCAUGGUGGAGGACCUCCGCCAGCAGCUGGAUACGGCCCUCGGCGCCGAGGACAUGAUCGAGGACCUCACAGAGCGCAACAUGAGCCAGGCCGAGCAGAUCGAGGAGCUCAAGGCCAUCGUGGACGACCUGGAGAACCUCAAGGAGGUCAACGACGAGCUCGAGAUCAACCACGUCCAGAACGAGAAGGAGAUGCAGGAGGAGAUCGACUUCAAGGACAGCGUCAUCGCGGAGCAGGCAAGGCGUGCCGCCCAGCAGGAAGAGGCGCUCGAGGACAUGGAGUACACCCUGUCACGCUUCCGUGAGCUCGUCAACAACCUGCAGGGCGACCUCCAGGACAUGAAGGCAUCGCAGGCGGUCACCGAGGGCGAGUCCGAGAAGCUGAACAGCCGGUCCCGGGCCAUGGAGGACCUCACCAUGAAGCUGCAGAUCUCUGCCGAGAAGGCGCAGGCCAAGACCAUUGAUCUCGAGAUGCGCCGGCUCGAGGCGCAGGAGGCAGAACAGCACCUGGAGAUCAUCAAACUCUUCCUGCCCGACAGCUACCAGAGCGACCAGAACUCCGUCCUGGCCCUGCUGCGGUUCAGGCGGCUUGCCUUCAAGGCCAACCUGUUGCACCAGUUCCUCCAGGAGCGGGUCAAGGGCCAGGCGCAUCCUGGCCACGAGGAUGACGUGUUCUCUGGGUGUGACGCCAUGGACAAGCUGACCUGGGUGUCCUCCAUGUGCGACAGGUUCGUCAACUCCAUCAGCCACUGCUCCCUGGAGCAGUUCUCCAGGUACGAGGGUGCCCUGUUUGAGCUGGAACCCGUCGAGCGCGCGCUCAACGGCUGGAUCGAGGGCCUGAAGAGGGACGAGCUCAAGGAGAAGCAAUGUGCAGGCGAGCUGCAGCGCACCAUCGCCCUCAUGAGCCACCUCGGGGAGGUGCACAUAUCGGACGACCUCGAGAGCUUUGCGGAUGACGUCUACAUGAAGACAGUCCUGAUGCAGAGCCACCUCGAGUCCGCCGCCACUGCAUUUGCCACCCUCCAGAACAUGGUGCAGCACGUCAUCCCGGCCGUCAGCGAGGAGGACGAGCUCGCGCAGUUCUUCACCAAGAGAGCCGACGCCGUCGUCACGCAGACACGCAGCACCAAGGUCAUUGCUGGCAGGACUGUGGCGGCGCUCGAGGACCUGCGGGUGCGCUCCCUGGCACUGUCUCCAGAGACCAAGGAGGUCUUUGCGCAGUGUGAGGCCAUCUCGCAGGAGCUCUCUGACCUGGCCCAGAAGAUCGGACACGACCUGCAUCAGCUCCUCCACGACGAGAGCCGUGCUGAGCCUUUUACCUACCUUGAGGUCCAGUCCCGCGUGCGCAAGACCGUGCUCGACGUUGCGGCCUCGGAUGAGUCUGAUCUCUUCACAACGUACCUGAACAAGCUCCGAACCCUCACGAGGCAGAUCACGGACCUGUCGCAGCUGGCCGCAGACUUCACGCAGACGCAAGAAUUUGAGCGCAGUACGGCACCGUGGAUCCUGCGGUCCCAGGAGCUCAGAAGUGUCAAGACGGUCCCAGUCGACGCCGAGGAAGAGGUUCGGCGCCUCAAGGAGGAGUGGAGCGAGGCUCGUCGGGCCGUCGCACAGCGCGAAGAGUCCCUCAGCACGGCACUGCUCAAGAUCGAGACGCUCGAGUCCCGCAUGCGCGAUGCCACGGCCAAGGCGAACCUUAUUGCGGACCUCGAACUGCAGAUCGAGCAGAGCAAGGAGGGCGUCGCUGCGCUGCAGGAGGAUAUUGAGAAGCAAGACCGCGAGCUCAAGACGCUCGAGGCGGACCGCGACAAGUGGAAGAAGAUUGCAGGCGACUCCCGCGCCAUCAACGAGGCAGCGGCCGGCACCAAGGCGGGCAAGGAGAUGGCUGUGGCCACGGCCAGGGAGAUGGAGACGCUCAAGGAGGAGAUUGCCGCCCUGCAGUCUGCGGUGCGGUACCUGCGCCAAGACAACCGCCGCGCCCGCCUCACGGAGCAGGGCGGCUACGACUGGCUCGCGGAGCCGCUCAACAAGCCCACCCCGGUCGCCGAGCAGCGGAGGCAGCUGGUCGUCGCCGAGGGCAGAGACGUGCUGGGCGAGCUGCUCAAGAUGGCCACGUUGGCCAAGGUGUACGACCUCGGCUCGCUGCCCAGGGACAAGCUCGCGUGGAAGAGCGCAAAGAGCACGCCGCAGUACCACGCCGCGAGGCAGAUGGAGGAGCUCGCCGCGUGGCAGGGCUGGCGGGACAGCGUGGUGCGCAAGGGCCAGACGCUGACGGUUCAGCAACAGCAGCACCGCGGCCCCGAUGCCGUCAAUGUGAGGAGGGCAAGAAAUGCAGCGGCGGCGAGGCUUCAUAUCCGCCUGCCGGAUCUGUCUGGCAAGAUGAUCCCCGGCAGCAAUACUGGGAACGUGCAGAUCGUCGGCUCCCGGGAGUGGGAGGGUCUGCAGGGACGUCUGGCCGUGUAGAUCAGAUGGGAUAUGUGGAGGUUGAAGGCGCCUUGCAUUUUGUGGAUCACACUAUAUUUCUCUUGUUCUUGUUCCAAGGAUACCAAUGCCGCAAUUUUAUUUUUCAUUGUCUCUUUUUCUCCAAGGCCUCCUGGGUCAUCCCUCCUCGGACCCUCAAACUUGCAAUUCUACUUGAGAGC